UUAAUUUAUCUGUUGCAUUUUUAGCUCUCCAAAGAUUGUUCCAGCUAGAAAGGAAGAUGAAGACCAAGGCGAACUUGUCAAUUAAACAACUUAUCAUUGUCAUCCUUUUAUUGAUCAUCACUCUCAUCGCUGACGUGUGUGCAGAUCCAGUAUCCGCAGUAGCUGUAGGCGGGCGCAGCGGCGGCGGGCGCAGCGGCGGCGUCUCUGGCAGGGGCUCGGGCACCGGUGGUGGGGAAGCUGGGGGAGGCAGCGGCGGUAAUACUCGAAUGGUCCCGGCCGGCAAAGGUACUAAUAAUAAUCAGCCCAAAAAAAGGAAUGGCGCCCAACUCACCAAACCUCCCUUCAUCCUACCCGGCCGCCAUGGCUUUGCUUGGGAUACUAUUAUUUCCAUGUUUGGACUUCAUCUUGACGCUGUCAUCAUCUUCAACCUACUCGUCUUUUUUCUCAUCUAACUUUGAAUUCCUCCAUAUUUGAUCUUCAUGCAUUUCUUUUCCUUACCUUCUGUAUAUUGUCGCGAAAAAGAGUUAUCAUAUUGACUUUUAUUAGUUAUAUAUAAGAGUUCAAAUACAAAUAGAUCUUCUGUAUUUA